AUGUCUUUAAUCGCCCCCAAUAACCCCCCUUUUCCUGCCUAUCGCGCCACAGAUAAAGAAUGUUUUGCCUAUGACAGCACCAUUAGACGUUGGCCCAUUAUCUUAGACAGUGUUAUUUCUGAUGUCGAACAAACACUAGUGGAAGAGACGAAUGAAGCCAGCCAAGAAGAAGGACGGGUUAUCUUGAAAGCUGUCAGAAUUUUGAAAGAGGAAAUCGCGGCAGACAAACCCCUCAGAUUACUCAACGAUUCAGAAGACGAUGUCGACACUUGGAACGGUCAUAUCCAGAAAUACUUUCCCGAUGUUACGUGGUUUACCGGCACUUGGUUAUUUAAUGAAUGCUAUUUGUACAGACGGCUGCGAGAAUGCAUCAGCAUGACAACUCACUGGCGCGAUUAUGAUCCCUUUGAACGUCAAAAAAUUCAAACCUUCCGUGGCUCCCAUGCAUCUGUUUUCGAACUUGCACGAAAGAUGUCGGCAAUGACUUACCCUAUGACCGAAGAACAACUGGAAAUAAUCUACGACGAACUUGUGCAAGUGUGCUUAUGGGGCAACGCUACCGACCUAAGUCUGCUAACUAAUAUGACGGAAGAAGAUAUCAAGCGACUGCAAGCGAUCGAAAAGGAGCAUAUGGCAGCACAAAAGAAGCUGAUCGUGGUGGAUGACAUUGACGUGGUCUGGGGCAAAAUCAAGACGUUGCAAAACAGCCGCGUCGAUUUUAUUCUGGAUAAUUCAGGUUUUGAAGUGUUUGUGGAUUUCGUGUUUGCUGACUGGCUUUUGCAGUCUAAGAAGGCCUCGAAAGUGGUAUUCAACUGUAAGACGAUUCCUUGGUUCGUAUCCGAUGUGAUGCCAAAGGAUGUCCCUAUUCUUUUCGAUUGUUGUUUCGACCGUGAUUUCUUCCCCCAAAAAGAAGAACGAUCGGAAGAAGAUUUCGUGGCUUUGAAAAUCAUGGCUCAGCGUUGGAAAGAUUAUAUCGCCAAUGGUCAACUAAUCAUUCAAGCGCAUUCAUUUUGGUGUAACGGGUUAUCUUAUUGGUAUCUGAAAUCCGAAGCGCCCGAUCUUUUUGAGGAUCUCAAGAAGUCAAACCUUGUUAUUUUCAAAGGUGAUCUGAAUUUCAGAAAGUUGGUUUUCGAUUGUGAAUGGCCUGUGACGACAUCAUUCCGCAAAGCCAUUGGAGAGGAUAUGGCCGAAAAGUUCACCAGCAUCGUCACGUUGCGCACAAACAAAGCUGAUACCAUCGUCGGUUUAAAGGAAGGCAAACAAGAGGAAAUUGAAAAAGUAGCUACCCCUUAUGAAUGGCGCUGUACCGGAAAAUACGCUGUCGUUCAAUACAAUGAACCCCAACAAAAAGGGCAAAUGUAA